AUGCCGGAACCCACACCAAGAACAGAUGCCGCGGAGUUAAUCGCCAGCGGCGAUGAAACUCCAUCAUCACCCCUGGAGCUGCUGAAAGCAGUCAAAGAGGUGCAGGAACGCCGGAUCGCCGUGUGGCACGAAUACGAUGAUGCCUUCGACACAUUCCUCUCGCACGUACCCUCCUCCCCGUCUGACCCUAUCAACGGCUCUCAAAACGACGCGCCCUCCGCACCACAUGAUGCCAACGAGGAAAGCACGGGCCGUUGCGCGGGGUGCAGCACCACCACCGUCCCGCUCUCCGACCGCCUCCUCGCCCAAAUUAUGCAGAUCACCACCCAGGGCCUCAUCGAGUGCGGUCACCGCUUGCGGGCGAUCCAGACCGAACUCGCCCAUUCGAACGCUCCCCAGCUCGCACCCCUCGUCGACGCGAUACAGAACAGGGAGAACACCGUGCUGAGGAAGGUCGUCGAGCGCGAUCAGCUGAGGAAGACCACGCUCAAGCCGGAGGACGGCCAGGUGGAGAGGGACGAGGACGAGGCAAGGGAAAGGAUAAAGGCGCUGGACGAGGAGGUCAAGCUGGUCAGAACCGAAAUCGCAGAGUUGAUGCAGGAGGUGUAUGCUGAGAGUGUCGAGCUGCAGUUGGCCGAGGGGUAG